UUCUUAAAGGGGUUCAGAUAUCGACGAGGGCGGGCGGCCGGUUGGGCUCUGGAACCAAAGACGCAUUUGAUAGACACAAAAGGCUGCGGGUCGUCUCCUGGGAAACGGACUUGGCGUCGCUACUGGAUGGAGCUGCUGGUGACGGGGCGCGCGUGGCUGUAGGUAGAUCGCAGCCUGUGCUGCGGAAGUGACUGCAGAGGACAGACAGAUACGCAGCUCUCUGCUCGCUGGUUCCACAGACCCCGCUGCCGCAGCUCGGAGUGCUGGGGAGACAUCCAGAGAAAGGUGACCGCGCAGCGUACAAGUUUAGCAGACGACACUUGGAGGAGUUCAACUUCAGAAUGCCUGUGGCAACAUCCUUCUCGGACUCCGCAAUGCAUCAGGCCCUGGACACGCUGAGUGACAGCACAAGCUCAACAACUGCCAAUGACCUAGACCUGAUCUUCCUGAAAGGAAUCAUGGAGAGCCCAGUGGUGAGAGCUGCUACAUACCCAAGUCUGCACAGUUCAGCGCACGAGAGGUUUGAGGAACCCAAGCUGGAGGCUGUGAGCGAGAACAACGUGGAGUUGGUCCAGGAUAUCCUCAAGGAGCUCAGCCCGCUCACACAGAGAAACCAGGUCGCAGAGGAGCUUGUUCGCAUCCUGAAGGAGCCUCACUUCCAGUCUCUCCUGGAGACCCAUGAUUCUGUGGCAUCAAAAAACUACGAGACCCCUCCUCCCAGCCCCUGCUCCUUCAUGGAUCCAGCCCUCAACAAUCAGCCCGUUCCCCCAGAUGCAGUCAGAAUGGUGGGAAUCCGUAAAGUGUCCGGUGAGCACUUGGGAGUGACUUUUCGCGUAGAGAAUGGCGAGCUGGUGAUCGCCAGGAUCCUUCAUGGUGGCAUGAUCGACCAGCAAGGUCUGCUUCAUGUGGGCGACAUCAUUAAGGAGGUAAACGGGAAGGAGGUGGGAAACGACCCCAAGGUGCUGCAGGAGAUGCUGAAGGAGGCGAGCGGCAGUGUGGUGCUGAAGAUUCUUCCCAGUUACCAGGAGCCUCACACGCCACGACAGGCCUUCGUGAAGUGUCACUUCGAUUAUGACCCAAGUCACGAUAACCUGAUUCCCUGCAAGGAGGCGGGGCUAAGCUUCAGCAGCGGAGACAUUCUGCAGAUCUUCAAUCAGGAGGACCCAAACUGGUGGCAGGCAUGUCAUUUGGAAGGAGGCAGCGCCGGCCUCAUUCCCAGCCAGCUCCUCGAGGAGAAGAGAAAAGCAUUUGUGAAGAGGGACCUGGAGCUCGCCACCUCAGGUCCUCUGUGUGCUGGAAUGGGUGGAAAGAAGAAAAAGAAGAUGAUGUAUUUAACCACUAAAAAUGCAGAGUUUGAUCGACACGAGUUGCGGAUCUAUGAGGAAGUCGCCAAAGUUCCCCCCUUCAGGAGGAAGACCCUGGUUCUGAUUGGAGCACAGGGUGUGGGUCGCCGGAGUCUGAAGAAUAAGCUGCUGGUGUCGGAUACGCUGCGAUACGGCACCACCAUUCCCUUCACGUCCAGGAAACCAAAGGUGGAUGAGAGGGACGGUCAGAUGUACUCCUUUAUGACCCGCAGCGAAAUGGAGUGCGACAUCAGAAAUGGGCGUUUCUUGGAGCACGGCGAGUACGACGGAAACCUGUACGGCACCAAGAUCAACUCCAUACAUGAGGUCAUAGAAACUGGAAAGAUCUGCAUCCUGGAUGUGAACCCACAGGCUCUUAAGAUCCUGCGGACAUCAGAGUUUCUGCCUUACGUGGUGUUCAUAGAAGCUCCAGACUUUGAAGUCCUCAAAGCAAUGAAUCGAUCAGCAAUUGAGUCGGGAGUGAUCACCAAGCAGUUAACGGACUCUGAGCUAAAGAGGACAGUGGACGAGAGCGAGCGCAUUAAGAGAGCUUACGGACAUUACUUCGACCUUUGCAUUGUGAACGACGGUCUGGAAACGGCGUUUCGCGGUCUGCGGUCGGCACUGGAGAAGCUGACGAUGGAGCAUCAGUGGGUCCCGGUCAGCUGGGUGUUCUGAAAGCCCCCAAAGAGCUCACCAGCAAAGUGAAUCAGAUGAGAGGACGAUUUGUUCCUGGGGAGGGGGGGAGUCUCCUCGCUGCAAUCUGUGGGGGAGCCGAGCAUCGCAAUCCUGUGCAAACGACCAGCCUCAUGUAGAGCUUUUUUGUACAAACUUCAUCUGUUGACCUAAUGUCAAGUUGUAUUUAAUUUUACAGAAACUGAAUUAUUCCGUGGAUUAUCAGGUGUGGUGCAAUAGUGAGAGUGUGAUCGUCAGUAGGUUUUGCAGGUUUCUGGGAGGUCAUCUUUAGCCUUUAUAGUGUGACGUUUACAUCUGAUCAGUAGGGCUGAGUGUGAGAAGACACCAAAUGUGGCAUUGUAUUUUUUAAAGCUGUUGUAUGAUUUUGUGCGUUUGGACAUGUGCUUAAUCGUGUGUCACUGCUGAUUUGAAAGCUGACCAGCAAUAGAGAACUGAAGAUACAUGCAAUACAUAUACGGAAACACAAAGAAGAGCCGCCUGUCGGCACAUUUCUGACAAAUCAGUUUGUUGCAAAUGAGCGUUUCUGUCUUUGCAAAAGAUUCAUGUUUUUGUUUGGAUCAUUCGUAGCAACAAUGCUACGUUCACACCCGGCGUGUGACGCGCGUUUAGCAUACGGUGUUCACUCUGGACUGUCGCUACUCGAUACCAGCGCACAGUAGGAAGAGGUUUGGUUGAAAUGUCGAUGCAGGGCAAAUCUCUUUCACAGUUCUAUUCUGAUGCGAAAGACUUUGAAAGACAAACUGCAAUCAUUAAUUUCUCCUCCAUAAUCAAAUUGAUUGGCACUCCUGUGAAUCAAAAGCAACGCCAUCUACAUGUCACUACCAAGUCUGAGUCCCUGAUUGGUCAAAGUUCAAAUGGUUUAACUUUCAACACGCGUUCAAUGGCUGCGUGUUUUGUACGUAGACUCUUUAAAACGUGGGUAGUGAGGCAUGAACAUGAGUCUUGAAGUCCGAAACAUGUACAUAGACAUGUACGUGUAACGAUUAAUUUGACCAAAAAUUUGAUUCAUAUCAUAAUUUGUGGUUGCUAAUGCAAUUUAUAGCCCAUUUUGGUUCCUUUUGAACGAUCCGAUUCUCUGACCUAAAAUCCAUCCAGGACAUUUUAGCCAUAAAUUCAACCAGUGUGACUCCGAGACAAAUAAGUGGUACUGAACAGCGCAGGCGAAGUUUAGCAGAUUCCUUUGUAUUUCUUGCAAGAGAAUCAAGUGCAAAUGAAAUAUGUGUACAAACAAGUAAACAAGAACCAUCAACAAAUCCAUUCACAUUUUAUUUUCAUAAAGUUUUUGUUUUUCCACAUCAAAUUCAUCCCAAGGGAAAAUAUUAAAACAUUCUACUACUCUGUACAUAUCUUUACUAAAUUCAAAGUGUUUCCACACACAUGUUGGACUGUAAUGGUGGACAAAUCAUUUUUGUUCCUGUCAUCACAUGUGUUGUCCGCUGAGAUGCACUAUAGUAAAAUAAACCAAUCAUAUCCCAAUCCAAAUGGCAUUUUCAGUUAUCGUUUUAGCUCAUUUUGAAGCGAUUUUUAUUUUUUAUUCAUUUAUUUUUCGUAUUAAUGGUUUAGGCCGAUUCGAUUAAAACUUGCCUCAAACAGAUCGAUCUUGUUAGAGCAUAAGAAUAGAAAUCAAUUCAUCGAAUAGUCUUUACACCCCUAAUAUAGACAUGGAUUAACAUACACGUUUCAUUGAAAGUGCUUGCUUGAACGUGCGUCGCAAAGACCGGUGUGAACAUAGCUUAAGACGUUUCAGAGCUCCAACAGAAAAAAGGUGAGGGAAACGAAUCCAUUCCAACAUUCCGAUUGUUUGUUUAGUUACUCUGAUGUACUAAAACACUUCUGGUGGCUUGUAACUUCUGCUUACUUUUGCCUUAACACGUUUCAGAAGCCAAGGAAACUCUCCGAAUAGAACAUUUCACCUCCUUCGAUGUACCUUCAAAAACUCUGGCAACUCAUUCAGUAAUUAUUGAAGCUUCCUUUCCAACCGUAAGUACUGUACCGUAAGAAAGAGUGUUUAGUAAAACAUGAGGAAACCCGUUGGUGCUUCGAUGCUUCUGCUGGCGCGUCGAUGCAUUUGGACGACAACUCUGUAGUUUUGACCUCCAUUUGAAAACAUUAAAAUUUUUCAGAAUAUC